AUGCAGCAAGAGGCUCGGAACACUGAAACCCACCAACGAUCAUGGUCAAAUGCUCUCCGCCAUAAGGCUGUCACAUUUGGGCAAGACGUUGCCCACACCGGGCACCCCGAUCCCGUACUGAGACCUGAAUUGUCGGAUUUCGACGACUCGAGCGAAGACGAAGUUGUGUUUACUGGUCGGCGGAAGAAUGUCAAACCCGUUGUUCUUGAAACAAACCAGCAAGAGAUUCAGGAGAUCGUGCAGCCGACGGUUGCUGAAUUGUCUCAGACACCGUCAUGUAAAGUGGUCGUCGAAACCCGGGACCUGUCACCCGUUGCCAGCAACAAAGACGACGAGGAAGAUGAUGCAGAGUCCGACACAGACAAACCACAAUGGCCACCAGCAGCAGACAUCGACCCAAUAGCCGACUAUAUCGCCAACAUAGACAGUGAAUACUACGCGGAAAUCAUCAAGGAAGCAAAUACCGAUCUCGAAGGGGGCAUUGACGUUGAAAAAGCUGCAACGCAGUUGGACCUAUCGGCUGCUAGCCCCGUUGACACCCAAGGAGAUACCAGAAGAUCAUUGUCCACGAACCAUCCACACAAUGACUCCAAAUUUGAAGGUUCAGUCGAUGGUAAAUCUGAAACCCUCCACCCGUCAAAACACAUACUGACGCGCAGGUACACAGUGCUGGCUCAAAUGCAUCUAGAUACAGAUCAAGAAUCAAGCGCUACAUCAAGUGAAUCCGACGAAGAUGAAAGUGAAGGUUCUGAUAACGUGCAUUCCGAUGAUGAUCUCGAUGAUUUUAUCCUACUCGAGGACCUAGCCACCGGACAUUCAAAGUCAGGGAAAAAGGGUGCUCGAUCUGGAAAGCCCCAAUUCCCUUCAGCGUCGGCAUUUGCAGAUGCCCUUGACUCGGAUCCUUACUUUGGAUUUGACAUCAUGGAUUACGAUCGACCGAGUCUACGGAAAAAGCCCAAGGGUAAACAAGCCAUCCCCGAGCUGGUGCUAUCCGACAGCGAAUUUGAGAUUGAACUACAAGAAGCCUGGCAGAACGACAGAAGAAAAAAGAAAUUGAGAAAGAAGGAACGAGAAGAAUUACGAGCGCAGGGGUUACUGGGCAGAAAACCAGGGAACCCAGACCUCAAAUUCAAAUAUUCCAAGGAGAUGAAUAUGGAGCAAUUCAUGACCGAACUGCGCUCAUUCCUUUUGUCUCCCAAGAACAGCCUGGCUUUGCCCCCCAUGACCAAACAACGCAGAAAGCUGAUACACGAAUUGGCGAAUGCGCUGAAUUUGAAAUCCCAGUCACGCGGCCAUGGAAUGGAUCGUUUCCCUGUACUCAACAAGACCGCGCGUACGCCUGGAUACACACCCAAAACCAUUUCCAACGUGGACGAUCUCUUGUCUGGAAGGAAGUUCAACCGUCGUCUAUUCAGAUCAUGGGGCGCAGAGCCACCAAAAUCAUUCAAACCCAAACGAUCUGGAGGAGCUGCAACCUACAUGGAGGGCGAUGUGGUCGGCGCCUCUGCCCCAGAGAUUGGAGCAGGAAACCGAGGCCGUGCUAUGCUGGAGAAGAUGGGAUGGAGUACAGGUACUGCUCUUGGGGCUUCAAACAACAAGGGCAUUCUACAGCCCGUUGCACAUGUUGUCAAGAACUCCCGAACCGGCUUAGGCUAA